AUGUUGGACAACAAAGAAUCGCACCUGCAAAAGUUGCGCACUUUGUUCAGCAAGAUGGGCGCUGAAGAAGCCGGUGGCAUUACAUUUGGAAUGUUUGAAGAGAAAAUAAAUUCUCAAGCUGUCCGGGAAUAUUUUGAAACUUUGGGCCUCGAUGUUUGGGACCCUUGGUCCUUUUUCAAGCUGUUGGACUCUGACGGUGGCGGAUUUGUUGAAGUGGAAGAAUUUUUUUUGGGAUGCCUGCGCUUUAGCGGUGCUGCCAAAGCGAUGGAUGUUGGGAAACUUAUCCAAGACCAAACGUGGCUUAUUCGGAGCCAAGGCCGCUUCCAAAGGUACAUGGAAGAUGAACUUUGUCAAGUGAAAGAUGGCUUGACAACGAUGGCUGAUGUUUUGAGCGCUAUGUCUCGGGGUGUUUCCUGCACACAGUUGUAG